AUUCCGCCCUCUCCUAUGCUGGUUGGUCACUCUGUUCAACCACAUCCACCUUCAGACAGCCCAGAGGCUGUGGAGACAAGUGGUCUUGGAGGACCUGGGGGUGUGAGAGGCAGAGGUCUCGCACAAGGCCCAGCCAAAGCUGCCGUCCCCUCCCUGCCCUGUGCCUGGGAUCCCCAGCCCCCCAGAGUAGGCCCGAAAGCUGCACUGCCGGCUCCUGUGCCCACAAACGGGACAAUGAGGCUGGUUGCAGCAGCCUUGUGGCUGGGUUUCCUGAUGGUGGCCCCGGGAGACAGUGAAGACUCCUGUGUCUAUGAGCCGCUGUCCGAUGAAGACACCAUGAUAUGCAAUAGGGGCCUUGAAGUUCUCUACCCUGAGCUGGGGAACAUCGGCUGCAUGUUCAUUCCAGACUGCAACAACUACAGACAGAAGAUCACCCAGUGGACCAAGCCCAUAGUCAAGUUCUCUGGCGCCUUGGACGAUAGAAAGUACAUCCUGGUGAUGGUGGAUCCGGAUGCUCCCAGCAGGUACAAUCCCACAGCAAGAUUCUGGAGACAUUGGCUAGUGACAGAUAUCCAGGGUACCGACUUGAAGAGAGGGAAGAUUAAAGGCCAGGAGUUAUCAGCCUACCAGCCUCCCUCCCCACCAGCUCACAGUGGCUUCCACCGCUACCAAUUCUACAUCUACCGUCAGGAAGUAAAGACCAUCAACCUCCUUCCCAAAGAAAACAGAACUCGAGGCUCUUGGGAAAUGGACAAAUUUUUGUACCGCUUCCACCUGAAGGAGCCUGAAGCAAGCACCCAGUUCAUGAUGCAGAACUACCAGGACUCGACAACGUUCCAAGCUUCCAGGGAAGGUGGCUUCUAGGCCAAGGACAAACCCAGAGAGAACUGCCUGCUGGGCUGCAGGCUUCACCUUCCAGGUGUGUGUCCACAACAGUCUGGGGACAGGAUCCUUUGUGGGUAUGGAUACCUUCUCAUCCAAAUUACAAAAAAAAAAUAAAAAUAAGAGGUCAUCCA